CUGCUUAAAGAUAUCCAUAGGGUGACCCUCAGAUACCCAGGCUACCAUUUUUGCGAUUACUCUUUGAUCUCACUUGAGGGUAUGCUGUUUUAGAGUUACAGCGAGUUUCCACAGGAAUGACCAGAACAAAUUCUGUACAACAUAAAACAAGAGUAUAAACGCAUGCAGAAGAGAAGACAUUUAGAAACUAGUUUCCAACAGACAGACCCGUGCUGUACUUCUGAUACACAGCCACACGCAUUUCUCCUCAGUGGACCAGCAUCACCAGGGACUUCAUCGGCAACAUCCUCACCGUUAAAAAAAGAACAGCCCUUAUUUACUCUACGACAGGUUGGGAUGAUCUGUGAACGUUUGUUGAAAGAACGUGAAGAGAAAGUUCGAGAAGAGUAUGAAGAAAUUUUGAACACAAAACUUGCAGAACAAUAUGAUGCAUUUGUGAAGUUUACGCACGAUCAAAUAAUGCGACGAUAUGGAGAACAGCCUGCUAGUUAUGUUUCAUGAAUCACGUAUUCUGCAUUUAUGGGCUGCCUUGUUCCUUGUUGAGUUGUCGCAAGAGGUCCCAAUUAUGACAGGCAGCAAUGCAAGUAUCCCCCUGUGAAUACAGGUUAUUUCAAGCUUUCGUCAGUGGAACCCACUCCUGGGCAGCAGCAACUGGUUUGGGGAACGUCCCUGAUGUCAGCACCACCUGGAUGUGGACCUUUGCUACCUGUAUUGAUACCAGUGGCCUCAUUUUGCUGUAUCAUUACAAUUUGGCUUCUUAUAUUAAUGUGUUUGGAAAGGAUUAAAGCUGGCAUUCUAGAACAUGCCCUUCACUGGUUAUGUAAAUAAAACUGUAGAAUGACACUUGAAAUGAAGUUAGUGUGGUUUUAAUUGUGCACUACAACCAAGCUGUAACCAGUUAUUAAUAAUUUAGAAUGUAAAUCCCAGGACAAUAUUAAGCAAAUAGACUCCAGUGCUUCCUGUGAAAUAGUGGAGGAGGAGGGCGUUUCUGUAUUCCAGGACUUCUUGGGGUUUCAGAAGGGGUUCGUAUGAUUUUCCUUUUCUUUUUUUUUUUUUUUUGGUAGUUUUAUUUAUUCCGUCAGUCUUUUUAAUAACAAAUGUUUAUUGCUGCACUUUUUUUCCCAGCGUACCAUUGUUUGACCGCCCUUGUAGUACUGGAAUUUAGUUGGAAGAAUAAAACAUUUACUUCUGUCCUUCUUGUAGUAUCUGAAUAAAGUCAGUGUUUUAAAUGUAA